AUGCGCCACGUGUUUCUCUUUUUGGUCCUAUAGUAAGUCACCGCGUGAGACGUGUCGAUUUUCGCACCGCCCAUAAACGUUUAAAACACCUCCGGAAAGUGACAGCUGUUCCCACUUAGUGGUCACCCUGCGAAAGCCAUCCGCGAGCUUGCGUUUCCGCGCAAAAGGAGCAUUUCGUGUCGACGAAAGAGCGUGCGCCAUCGAAGUCCACCCGCCAGCGUAUAAUGUCGGAGGAGGCAAGCGGUGAGCGGCCACCCAUGGACGAGUCAUCGCCGAGCAAAGAGGACCCGCCUUCUAAAGACGACGUCUCGCCUGGAGAGGAGACGCCGCGACUCACGGCGUCUCCGAGUGGUGACGGUACGCCCAAAACUACUUCUUCGAGCAGCCUGACGACUGCUCGUAGCAUUUCCCUCGGCGGAGAGCUGUCGUACACGAGCGGCGAUCCGUCGACGUCCAAGAGCGGCGGCGACAGGAGCAGCGACACGUCGCCCACGAGCCAGGGCAGCAUCAGCCCCAAGAGCCCCGAGAGCAAGCGGCAGCGACGUAGCAGCGUUGCGUUCGCGAAGCAGCCCAUCAUCUACCCAGUGCCGGCCAGAAGCCGAAGCGCUCCCGUUUCCCCUCCAGGGCCCAUCGACAAAUUGAAGAGCGCUAUGGACCGCAUGGCCACCAAUGUAAAAAAGUUCGCGACUAAACAGAAGCCGACACCCCCCGUGAACACUUGGAUGAAGGAGGUGAGGACAAGGCGCUACCGAUGCGUUUGCGGCCGGCUUUUCAACCGGGGCGAGUGCCCGAGCUCUUCGAGCGAAGCCGCACCCAGCGGCGCGUGCAACGACUGUGGCACGGUGCCAGAUCCUACCAAGUCUGCACCGCUCGCCGAAACCGAAGACCUGAGCUCCCCGGAAGACGAAGCGUCGGAACAGCAGGAGCAGGUCUCUAUCGUCGUGGAGCCUCCGUCUGAUGAAGAGUCAUCGCCGGAAAAAGGUUCCCCAAGUCAAGCCGACCCAGAGGGCACUUUAAUCGAAGAGCUUGGCCCGGACGAAGUUGAGCCAGAGGACACGCCGCCUGAAAAGCCUUCCCCUGAAGAAGGCACCUCGGAGCCGCCUUCCGACGAGAAGGCUUAAGUUUCUUGUCCGCGGGGAACCAGUGAAGGCAUCAGCAAGGCGUUGAGAGACCGUAUCUUCGUCUUCAGUUGAGACGCGGCGAACGAAAGCGGUCACGAGAUCUGCUUUUUCGAACUUUUAAUUCAUGUCUGGGUUAGAUAGCUAUGUGACCCGAGAAAAUUGUUCUGGCCUUUUUAUCGCCAUUUUACGUACUCC